AUGGACUCCGAGACCCCAGAACUGCGCAACAUGACCUUCAGUGUCCUGGGUCCCGCUGCGCCCGUCCUGGCACCCCGAGCUGGCACAUUGGCGAUCGCCGGCCGUAAGACAUUGUCUACGCCGCAUUAUCUGCCCGUCACGUCGCGGGGUGUCGUGCCGCAUAUAUCCCACGACAAUGUGCGCAAAGAGACCGCGAUCAAUGGCCUAUACGUUGGACUCGAAGAUUCCUCCUCUCCCCCGCAUAAGCUCUUUGUGCCUCCAACUGACAAUCUAUGCGCCCUCGGGCCUAUAUCAGUUAUUGAAAAGAAACACCGUUCCCCGGUGUUCAAAAUCCCUGUCGAAGCGAACGAGUCGCCAUUGCGAAAAUUCAUGUGCGCGUCCAACGAUUUGCCUUUGGUUCUAGCCCCGCGUCGGUUCCCCGCCAUCCCAUGCCCGCCGGUAAACACUCAGACCUCAAUUGCGGUCUCCACCUCAGAUGGGUUCCACCAGCUGUCAGCCCAGCAAUACAUUGAGGCGACACAUAAGCUGAAACCUGACCUUGUAAUUGGACUUGCGGAUGUCGUAUCUGGGAAACCACCCGGCAACAAGAGGCGGGGCAAGAUGGUGGAUCGGACACAUGCGUAUACGCGGGAUGCGCUAGAGCGGUUAUACGGAAAAACCGUUGCAGUAGACGAGAAGUGCAAGGCAGCGUAUUUCGCGCCGAUUCUGCCACUCGAUAACGCGCAGCAAUCGCUCUACUUGGAUGAUUUGGCAGACGAGUUCCGUGAUCGUCUUUCUGGACUGGCAUUAUAUGAAUCCGAUUGUCUCAGCUUCAUCCCGGAGUCCCUGGGGGAUUUGCCUCGUUUGCUCAUCAGUGAUCCUAGGGGACCUCAUGCGAUCCUCCGUGAGGUCUCGCUUGGCGCAGAUCUUCUGACCAUCCCCUUCGUUGGUGAUUCUUCGGAUGCGGGCAUCGCGCUUGAUUUUACUUUCCCAGCUCCUCCUAGAAGCGCUGACGAGAAGGAGCCAUUGGCUUUGGGUAUAGACAUGUGGUCGUCCGAGUACGCGAAAGAUACUUCUCCCCUGCGUGAGGGUUGCCAGUGCUACGCUUGUCGACGCCACCACCGCGCAUACUUCAAUCAUCUCCUAGCUGCUAAAGAGAUGGCUGCGUGGGCUCUUCUGCAGAUGCACAAUUUCCACACCAUGGACCUUUUCUUCCAAGGAGUGCGAGAAAGUAUUCAACGAGGCUCUUUCGAGCAGGAUGUUGAGGCGUUCAACCGCACCUACGCCUCGACAUUACCCGAGUCAACCGGCCAGGGUCCUAGACUUCGCGCCUACCAGCACCCCUCCGGGUCCAAUCAACCCAGCCGCGCGCUUCGGGUAUACGGUCGUCUCGACGAUGCGCUCCAGAAGUUCCAAGAUUCUCAGUCUUCUGUUGUUACUCCUGAUACUGAUGCAGAGGGUCUUGAGAAACAUGGCUUUGCCGAGAAGGCUUAA